AAAAUCAAAUUCAUAUGCGAACAUUCCGUUAACAUGUAAAAUCAGAUUUUUAAUGUCGUGGCUUUUUAGUUUUCAUCCAUUUUUGCUCUCCGGUUCUCUGGAUAUGGGCUAAAUGUUCGAAAGCUGUCAAUACAUAUAAAAUGGGUUCGACGAGCUCCACCCUAUUAAAAAUCCCAAACGUCGAGGUGUUGAUGCAAGAAAAUCCAGUCUCGCCUGCCCACAUUAUUCGUCUCCAUGAUCGCUUCAAAGCCCUGGAUAAAGAAUCCAUGAUUAAUCUUAGUCCCCAGGAUUUUGGAGCCAUAAAGGAGCUGGCAAUGAACCCCAUACAAACCUUAGGGGAGUGAAAAUAAUCGAUGAAGGAAACGGUGGACUUCCACACUUUUGUGAAGAUCCUGGCUCAUUUCCGCCCCGUUGACAAGGACCGACCCAAAGAGCCCAAUUCUCCUGAACCCAUCAAUAGCAGGAGCAACAAACUCAAAUUUGCAUUUCAGUUGUAUGACCAAGACAAGGAUGGCAAGAUUUCCAGAGAUGAGCUUUUACAGGUUCUCCGGUCCAUGCUGGGGAUGCAGGUGACAGACGAGCAGCUGGAGAGCAUAGCAGACCGCACUAUACAGGAAGCAGAUCUAGACCGUGAUGAAGCAAUAUCCUUCGAGGAGUUUCGUAAGUCUCUGGAGAAGAUCAACAUUGACCACAAGAUGAGCAUUCGCUUCUUGCGCUAGACUAGAGCAUCAUGGGAAAGCUUGUACAACAACCUCUAUCUCCAAGCCUCAGAAAAUGGAAGGGAUGUCUGAAAUGCCCAGGACAGUAUAAUGGGAUCAGGGUUUGUCUGUCUAAAAGGAAUUAACAAAAUACUUAAAUAACAUAAUAUGUUUGAAGAUAUUUAGUAAACAUGCUAAGUUAACAUACUUGUUUAUCUGAAAAACAAUGCUUCAGUUAGUAAUUCUCUUUUGGAAAUGUGUGUUCUGGGCCGGAAUGUCAGCCUCUGUUUUGUUCUGUGAAACCCGCCCACUCGCCAGUUAACCCAAUUGUAUUUCAGCAUCCCAGGUUGCCAGUUGGUGGAAAACACAGUGUAUUUCAUUUCAUUCAUCG